AUGUGUGAACAAGAAUGCAAGCACGAAGACACCAUGUGCAACGUGCCAUAUCGAAGUGCUGUCGGAGGCAUCAUGUAUCUCAUGGUCGCCACACGUCCGGAUCUAGCUGCUGCAGUGGGAUCAUUAUCCCAGUUCUCGUCCGACCCAUGCCCGACUCACUGGCAAGCUUUGAAGCGUGUGCUGAGAUACCUGCAAGCAACGCCCAAUCAUGGUCUUGAGUUUACACGUGAAGAAGGAAGCCGUAUCUGCGGGUACACCGACGCAGACUGGGCCGGCGACAUUGAGUCAAGACGAAGUACAAGCGGCUAUGUGUUCAUGAUGAGCGGAGGAUGCAUCAGCUGGAAAAGCCAGAAACAACGGACGGUCGCGCUAUCUUCAACAGAAGCAGAAUACAUGGCGCUUUCCGAAGCAACCAAAGAAGCAGUAUGGCUCAAGGUGCUUUUGGGGGAACUUGGUGAGAUGACAAGCGACGAAGCGAUCAAGAUGUAUGAAGACAACCAAGGAUCAAUCGCUCUCGCCAAGAACCCGGAGUUCCAUAAGAGAACAAAACACAUCGACAUACGCUACCAUUUUGUGCGUGAGAAGGUGGAAUCAGGUGAAGUCGUUUUGGAGUAUUGCCCGACUCAAGAUAUGCUGGCAGACAUGAUGACCAAGCCGAUCGCCGCUGUACAAUUUGAAAACAUUCGCGAUCGACUUGGGAUCCAGCGGUGCCGCAGCUAA